AUCCAGCUGCUGUGUGUGUGUGAGUGUGUGUGCUGACAUGGAUACAACUGGCGUUUACUAUUGAAACUGGAUACGACACGGGGACACCGGGGCACUUACAAGAGCGAUAAAACUUCUUCCAUGGCCGCCCUCAUGUGAAUUCCCCUUGUUUCAGCCAUGUCCAAGAGCCUGAAGAAGAGGAAAAACCACUGGACCAACAAAGUCCAUGAGAGUGUCCUUUGCAGGAAUGAGGAGGGGGAGCUGGGGCUGGAGUUGAAGGGCGGCGCAGAGAAUGGACAGUUCCCGGUUAUCGGUGAGCUUCUGCCGGGCAGAGCGGUCUGCCACAGCGGUAAACUCCUCCAGGAUGAACUCCUGCUGGAAGUCAAUGAUACCCCGGUGGCUGGACUCACCACCAGGGACGUCCAUGCUGUGGUCAAACACUGCAAGGACCCCGUCCGCCUCAAGUGUGUCAAACAAGGGGGCGUGAUAGACAAGGACCUGCGCCAGUACCUCAACCUACGCUUCCAGAAGGGCUCGGUGGACCACGAGCUGCAGCAGAUCAUCCGGGACAACCUCUACCUCCGCACCGUCCCCUGCACAACCAGGCAGCCCAAGGAAGGAGAGGUCCCAGGGGUGGAUUAUAAUUUUGUGACCGUUGACCGGUUUAUGGAAUUGGAGAAAAGUGGAGCCUUACUAGAGAGCGGAACAUAUGAAGAUAACUUUUACGGCACCCCAAAGCCUCCGGCUGAGCCCAGUGCUCUGCUGCUAAAUGUAACGGACCAGCUGCUGCCGGGCGCCAGACCCAGCUCCGAGGGCAAGAGGAAGCGUAACAAGUCAGUCAGCAACAUGGAGAAGGCCAGCAUCGAACCCCCCGAGGAGGAAGAGGAGGAGAGACCUGUUGUCAAUGGCAACGGUGUUGCUGUCACCCCAGAGUCGAGCGAGCAUGAGGACAAGAGCACAGACGCUUCAGGGGACAUCGCCCCGCCGAGCUGCCCAGCAGAGGCUGCCAUCGAGGGGCCCAAAGACGAGGGACAGUCCCCCAAGAUAACGCUCCCCAAGCCAGAGGAGAACGACGAGCUUGGGCCCCUGCCAGAUAACUGGGAGAUGGCAUACACAGAGAAGGGCGAGGUCUACUUCAUAGACCACAACACCAAGACAACAUCGUGGCUGGACCCGAGGCUAGCCAAGAAGGCGAAACCGCCUGAGGAAUGCAAAGAGGAUGAGCUUCCAUACGGCUGGGAGAAAAUCGAUGACCCCAUUUACGGCAGCUACUACGUUGACCAUAUAAAUCGAAGAACUCAGUUUGAGAAUCCAGUCCUGGAGGCGAAGAGGAGGCUCCAGCAGCAGCAGCAGAUGCAAAACCAGGGUCUGUCCUCACUGCCCCUCCCCACCAUCUAUAGAGAGAAGCCCUUGUUUACACGGGACCCCACCCAGCUGAAGGGUAGCUUCCUGUCCACGGCUCUGCAAAAGAGCAACAUGGGCUUUGGCUUUACUAUUAUCGGAGGGGACGAGCCUGACGAAUUCCUCCAGGUGAAGAGCGUUAUCCCCGAUGGGCCCGCUGCCGCCGAUGGCAAGAUGGCUACAGGUGAUGUCAUCGUCUACAUCAAUGACGUGUGUGUCCUGGGCACCACCCAUGCUGACGUGGUCAAACUCUUCCAGUCGGUUCCCAUCGGUCAGAGCGUGACCCUCGUGUUGUGUCGCGGCUACCCUUUGCCCUAUGAUCCGGAGGACCCUGCUAACACCAACAACACCACCGCCACCAUCAUCUCUCCGCUUAGCAUCAUGGAGCAGCGGCCAAUUAUGGUCAACGGCAGGACGGGCUACGACAAUUACCUGGAUUAUAUCUCCCGCACGGCGCGCUUUGUUACCGAUCCCGGCCAGGACCAGGUCAACGCCCAGCAGCAGCUGCUCACUCCACACCCGGGUGACACCCACUUGGACGGCUCUCUGCCACCCACCACUGGCACCACACCCCCUGACAGUGUCUCCAUGGCGUCAUCAGGGGCAACCCAGGGGGAGCUGCUGACCCUGACCAUGGUGAAGGGCAUAGACGGCUUCGGCUUCACCAUCGCCGACAGCGCCACUGGCCAGCGUGUUAAGCAGGUGCUGGAGCCUCAGGGCUGCCCGGGCCUGUGCGAGGGGGACCUGAUCAUAGAGAUCAACCAGCAACCGGUGCAGGGCUUCACACACACACAGGUGGUGGAGCUGCUCAAGGAGUGUGCCGUGGGAGUGGAGACCAGCCUAGUGGUUCAGAGAGGUGGGACAGGUCACUAUUCACCUUGGAAGACCCCUAAGCAGGUGCUGGAGCAGUGGGAGUCCCAGCAGGGCCAGGGCAGCCCCGCUCAGACCAGCCUCUCGGCCCCUGUUGUCCCCCACAGCACCCCCUUCCCAAACCACCACCUUCACAGGGCCUCGGUCCCAGACUCAGCCACCGAGGCCCUGGCCCUGGCCAAACCCGACCCCUAUGACCUUUAUGAGAAGUCCAGGGCUAUCUAUGAGAGUAGGCAUCCCGGCCAACAGCGGACUGUUUUUCCUGUGGACCCCUCAGCGGAGUACCAGGACAUUGAGGUCCACCUCCGCAGGCAGAAAUCCGGCUUCGGUUUCCGGAUCCUGGGCGGGGAUGAGGCGGGGCAGCCUGUGAGUCCGGAGACACGUGAGAAGAUUCUGAUCGGGGCCAUCAUUGAGAAGAGUCCAGCAGACCGAGAUGGGCGCUUGCGGCCCGGUGAUGAGCUGCUGUUUGUGGAUGGGAUCCCCGUCAUGGGGAAGCCUCACAGAUACGUCAUCGACUUGAUGCACGGGGCGGCACGAAACGGCCAGGUCAACCUGGUCAUCAGGAGGCGGAUACAGGCAGCAGGUGAGUCCUGUCCGGAGAACGGCCGCAGCCCAGGUUCUGUCUCCACACAGCACAGUUCCCCACGCAGCGACUUCACCUAUGGCAACAACACCGGCACCACCCCAGCACCCGGCGCCGGCACCGCCAAUGCCACCGCUUCAGAUGGGACGUCGACCCCUAAUGCACAACCAAGUGACGUCAUCAUCAACCGGAAGGAGAGCGAAGGCUUCGGCUUCGUCAUCAUCAGCUCGCUCAACCGGCCUGAGACGACCGCCACCAACACUGUGCCCCAUAAAAUUGGGCGUAUCAUCGAGGGCAGCCCGGCAGACCGCUGUGGGAAGCUGAAGGUGGGAGACAGGAUACUGGCGGUGAACAGUCAGUCCAUUGUCAGCAUGCCACACGCAGACAUUGUUAAGCUGAUCAAGGACGCGGGCCUCAGCGUCACCCUGAGGAUCAUACCACAGGAAGAGCUCAGCAACCCUCCGUCAGCCCCGAGCUCAGAGAAACAGAGUCCCAUGGCCCAGCACAGUCCUCAGACCCAGCCUGCCACCGCGACCUCACAGCCUAACUCUGGAGGCCCUCAGCCCAGCUCAGCGGUGUCGGAGCCCAGCCCCGCCAUCAGCCAGCCCAACCCCAUGGUCACCCAGCCCAGCCCCAUGCCCCACCAGAGCCCUGUGACCCAGCUGCCUGCCCCGCCACCACAGACCUACACCCACGAAAGCAGUUACAGGUCAGAGGUGAAGGCGAGGCAGGACGUUAAACCAGACAUCCGACAGCCCCCCUUCACAGACUAUCGACAGCCACCGGUCGACUACCGGCACCCUCCAGUUGCAGACUACCGGCAGCCGCCCACGUUGGACUACAGGCAUCCGCCGCUGCUGGACUACAGACAGCUCACCACGGAUGCCAGGCAGUUCACCAUCCCAGACUACCGGAUGCCACCGGUUCAACUCACCCAGGACUUCGACUUCUUCACAGUGGAGCUGGAGAAGAGCGUGAAAGGCUUCGGCUUCAGCAUCCGCGGAGGGAGGGAGUACAAGAUGGACCUGUUUGUCCUGCGCCUGGCAGAGGACGGGCCGGCCAUCCGCAAUGGGAGGAUGAGGGUCGGGGACCAAAUCAUUGAGAUCAACGGAGAGACCACCAGGGACAUGACCCACGCCAGGGCCAUCGAGCUGAUCAAGUCCGGUGGCAGGCGGGUUCGUCUCCUCCUCAAGAGGGGUACAGGGCAGGUGCCCGAGUACGACAAUGCCGCCCCAUGGGAUGCUCGCCCUUCAGCCUCCCCAAGCCUGUCGGAAGUAGCCCCUCCCAUCGACAGCCUGUCCAUGUCAUCGCCUUCAUCUCAUCUGGUCCCGGCCCCUGACCCACCUCACCUGCUGCCCCUGGACGUCCCACAAGACCCGGUGGUGCGAGAAAGCCGGACGGAGCGUUCCCAGAGCCCCCGCAUGGUCGAGCUGCUAAAUCCAGAUCUGAUCGGCCAGGGGAGGCGGGUGCCUAUGCCCAGCGGGAGUGGCAGAGCCAAGAAAGAAGGUGGCAGGUCCACCCACAAGGGCAGCGGGCACAGGGGGCAGCCCAACACUGAGGGGGAAGGGGGCAAAGAAGAGCAUACUAGGGAGUCCAAAGCUUCCAGAAGCUCCAGAGGGAGGUCCAAGGAGAGAAAGGCUGGGGAGAGCAGCAUUCCCAGCGGGAAAAGAGAAUCCACCCAGUCCCCGAGAGGCUCCAAGCUGCCACAUACAAACUCUAAUGGGAGCAGUAGGGAAGAUGGGGAGCGCAAUGGUGGUGGGCAACAGAUGGAGCCAGAGCACAGCAAGCCUAGGCCCAGGGAACUGGAGAGGGGCCUGGGAGAGAGCCGGCCCAGCCACCCCAGCAAGAGCAGCAGCAGCGCAGGAGGGAGGAAGGCCACGGUCUCUCCUGGGCCUUGGAAGAUCCCUGGAUCGGACAAGCUGCCCAGCACGCUGCGCUCAGGCACGUCAACAUUAAGCAGAUAACACUGCAGCCCCACCAUGGCGGUCCAGACUGGGGUGCACUGGAAUAGCUUUUCUGAACUAAACCACCCCAUCUGGACUAAACCAACCUAUCUGGACUGAACCACCCCAUCUGAACCCAUCCUGACCCUUCCUCAUGCCCUGGCACCUCCUUUUCUGCCCUUGUCCCCCUCUCCCCAUCAGCCAUAGACCUCUGAGGCAAAGCCGGGGAGGGGCAGGGUGAAGUGGACCAUGUGUUUUUAGAGGAACAUUUCUUUUUUUAUUUAUGAUGCUGUACUCUAAAUUAUUUUGAGAAUAAUUUUACACCCACCACCUUAAGAACUGGAAAACCAUCCACUUU